AUGCCUGCGUGGGAUUUGCUUGAGCGUUCCUACGAGGUGAAACGCAUUUUGGUAGAUCGUCAUAUUUCCUCGAUCUUGAACUUGCCUACGUUAGACAAAGAAACUACGAGCGGAUUGUCGAAGCUCGCUGAUGACGCACAGCAACACGUCGCGGCAUUAAGCGCGCUAGAAAUUUCCAUCACGCCCGAGGUAGUCGUCCACGUCUUGAGAAGUAAAUUACCGAAAACGACGUUAGAAAGGUGGGAAGCGACUCUCGAAAUGGGCGAAUGCCCAGGGCUCGAACAGAUGUACGAUUUCUUAUACAAAACGGCGGUAUGCGUGUCGAUGCGUGAAAGGGCAAAGGAAACGGAGAAGUGCAAGGGCGAACCUCCCGCGAAAAGGAAACGAUUUCAGCCGGAAAACAAGGCCUUUGUGUCAAAUAUCGGACGGCAGAUUAAUCUGUCGCGAGCAGGACGUGACUUGUAUCUGCAGAAAACACGACUAGGUUGGGUACUUGCUGGAGAAACGACCGCGCGUAUACAGUCAAGAUUAGAAAUGUGCGGUAUGACAAAAUUGGAAAAUCAGUUAGAUAAAUUCUGGGCAAUCGAGGAAGUCGCGACGGAUAGAUCAAGCACGAGAACAGAAGUUGGAUGCGAGGCGCAUUUCAUAAAAAACGUUUCCCGGUAUGAUAGCGGGCGUUAUACGGUUCGCUUGCCGUUUCGCGAAACAAAUAGGCGACUUGGCGAUUCGCGCGCGAUUGCACUCAAGCGCUUCUCGGCGUUAGAACGAAAACUCAGCGCGAAUGAGUCAUUGAGAGUCGAAUACACUCGUGCAAUAGACGAAUAUAUAAAAUUAAAUUAUAUUUCCCCGGUUAAAGAUUCCUCCGGUGAUGGAUAUUAUUUACCUCACCACGCGGUGAUCAAGGAUACGAGCAGUACCACCAAGGUGCGAAUCGUAUUCGACGCGUCCACUAAAUCGAGUACCGGCGUGUCUUUGAACGACGUAGUGAUGGCAGGUCCGUUAAUACAGGACAAAUUAUUUACACAUUUAAUCAGAUUCCGUGCAUAUAAAUAUGUCAUCACCGCGGAUAUUGAAAAAAUGUAUUUGCAAAUAAGAUUGCACAAAGACGAUCGGCGUUACCAACGACUGCUAUGGCGACGAAAUGACAAGAUAGAGACGUUGCAAUUUAAUACUCUUACGUUCGGCGUCUCGUCUUCGUCCUUUCUCGCGAUCCGAACUUUGCAUAAAUUAGCGGACGAUGAACACGAGAUAUAUCCUAAGGCAGCCGAAAUUCUUAAGUCCCAUCUGUACGUAGAUGACCUUUUAACCGGAGCCGAUAGCGUUGAAGAAGUCCGAGCCAUUAGAGAGGAAAUAAUUGCGCUGCUCGCACGGGGCGGUUUCGCCAUCAGGCAAUGGGCAUCCAACGAUGAGCGUUGCGUGAAUGAUCUCGCGGUCGGCGCCCUUCACACAAAAUUCACAUUCGGCGGGGAUCGCUCCUUAAGAACACUUGGCGUAGUGUGGUGCGCGCGGAACGAUGAAAUAUGCUAUUCCAUACGGCCAAUCAAAAUCGCGAAAAAAUUAACAAAACGGAGCAUAUUAUCGGAAAUAUCAAGGAUAUUCGACCCUUUGGGCUUGUUGGGUCCCGUCGUAUUAUAUGCCAAAAAAUUGAUGCAAGACGUAUGGAAAUGCAAAUUGGAUUGGGACGAGUCCGUACCGCAAGGCGUAUACACCGAAUGGCUGGAUUUUGUUGGACAACUCGAGACAAUAGAUCAAAUAUCAAUCGAUCGAAGAUUCUUGAUCGACGAUUAUCAAGGCAUUCAAAUCCAUGGAUUUUGUGAUGCUAGCGGCGUUGCAUACGGCGCGUGUCUGUAUAUACGCUCGGCGGGAAAGGACGGCAAUGUGGUCAUUAAAUUAUUGUGCGCCAAAUCACGCGUCGCGCCGUUAAAGGUUAUCACCAUACCUCGUCUCGAACUUUGCGGCGCGUUACUAUUGGCCCGAUUGUAUAGUGAAGUAAGCAGCGCAUUGCCCCUAAACCCUUCCAAGGCAUUUUUCUGGUGCGAUUCGACCGUCGUUUUGCACUGGCUAAGCACGGCGCCUCAUCUGCUCAAUUCAUUCGUGGCGAAUCGCGUCGCGGAGAUACAAGGGCUUACGGAUCCGAAGAAAUGGCGGCAUGUCAGAUCAGAGGACAAUCCCGCCGACGCGAUAUCGCGAGGUCAGCUACCUCAUGCAUUUUCAAAAAAUCGGACGUGGUUUUCCGGACCGGCGUGGUUACGAGAGAGCGAAAACGAUUGGCCUAACGAACUUAUUCAUAUGAACGAGACACUCGAGUUAAAAAGAAAUGUUUGUUGA